AAGUCGGAAGCGACCCGAUACGAGUCAGUCGUUCGCGAAGCACCAAUACGUUUAGAUCGAUCGAUCGAUGUACGAGUGCAUCUAAUGGAUUAUUGAUUCGACAUAUAAAUUCCGAACAAUAUUGGUAUCGUUAUACUGUAUUUACUACAAAUUAUUACACAUAAGCACGCGAGACAAUGUGUGUUAGUACUUAAUUAACGAUAAAACAAUGAACUUAAAAUUCACUAAAGACCGAACUAAAUCAUUCAACAACUUGGCGAUGCUCUUCUAAAGUUUACAAUUAAAUACUAUCUAAAUACCUCCAAAAGUUGAUAUUUUCAUGUUUUUUGUACAUGCCAUAAAUUGUGCAGUUUAAAUAGAAAUUGUUUAGAAAUCAUAAUUUAAAAAAGAAGAAAUUUUAAAGAACGUGUAAAAGGAAGAGUUCUUGGUGUCAGUGAGAAAAGCGAUUGGAUUCUUCAUGGGGGUUGCAAAGGACACCAUACGGUCCUCCGUGCACGCGACUUGUAGGAGGGUCGUUUCGCUCUACUGAAUCGUAAAACCACCCCAGUGUGGCAUCACAUGUGGCAUCAUUGCUCAUCCUCGUCGUUACUGUCGAACCUGAAUAUUUCAAGGAGCUUUCCCAAAGCAUUUGAACUAAUUUCUCCUUCGACGAGUUCAACGUAGAAUACCUCAUAAAAAGAGAUUAGAAUCGCCGCGAAAGUUGGCCGAGGAAAGCGAAUAUAAAAAAUGAGCGCGUUUAAGAGACAUCAAAGCAAAGUGUUCUGGAGUCACAUGGCGUCUCAGGAUCUAGAAAGUUUGGAUCCUUUCGCUUCGAGGAACGAUUUUGCUAAUGUCAAGCAAAACAUAGCGUACAAUCUUGAAGUAGCCGAAGAGGAAACGGAAGAAGAGCACUCGUCCAGCAUCAACGAUACCAGCGACACGAUCGAUGCUGAAAACGUAACGGCGAUUCGCGUCUGCCUAAACGAAAACGAUGAACGACAAUAUUCGAGAAUGACAACGAUACACGAGGAAAAUCUGAUGACUCAGACGGUCACAAUGGAAAUAAAGGACGAAGAUAAAGGAGACGAGAAUAAUAUCGUUCUGGCAAACAGAUCGUGCAGUCCUUUGAGUCAAGAUCUCCGAAGUCUAGAUUCCGGUUUCUCCGAUUCCGAACGAUCGAAUUGUUCCGAAUUAUACGAGAAUGAAACGCCUAGACGAAGGAGACGGAAGCGAGUUAAGGAUCGACGACAUGGAAUGCAUUCGAGAAUCGGUGCUGUUUGGUUGGAAAAUGAGACUAUUCCGAACCCAACAUAUACCUCUACUCCCAAGGACUCCAGAAUUUUACCUCGAAAUAAAAUGGUCCUUAACACGCACGAAGAGCGAGGAGUGUCAAGAUCGCGCAGAACGGAAGACGAUCAAGUAGAUGCGUCGAAAAUUCCGCCACCUGUUUCCUUGGAAGACGAGUGCCUUGGCGAUUUCUUGUACGCGACUGAACCACCGGAAGAUGCGACCGCGCCAAGAAGCGCAAACUCAUCGAUAGCGACUAACUUUUCAGAGAUAGAAUCAUCCUACAAGUCUACUCUACAUUCCAGAACUUACAGACAAUCCUCAUCGGUGAGAUCAUGGUUGAGCGAUCUCGCAAUGGAAAUCGACAACGAGUGUGGUAACACUCUUCAAAGCAAAGCUCUACCACAACGAAGACCUAGCGAAUUUUUAGACGAAAAAGAAGAAAUGAAUGAUUUGAAGAAUCUGUCGACUUUAGCUACGGCUGCUGCAAACAAAUUACUUAUUAGAGCUGAACAAUUUGAUCGACAUUAUCAGUAUAUCUUUAGUAAAGUGUCGCAUUUAGAAAGUGGCAGAUCGGAGCAGCAGCUUCUACGUGCCAUAGAGGAAGACGCUUUCUCCCUGCUUUCGGAGUUAGGUGCACCGCCCCCGUGUAGAAUUCAACAAAACAAUUUGAAAACAAUAUUAACGCAGUUGGAAAGUAUGAAGAAUUAUAUUGACGCUACUGUAGACACUCGUUUGGAUUUUUAUAUCGAAAGGGUAGUCAGAGGGUUGGAAGAAGCGCCAAAAAAUGAUAUCAUGUUAGCCAGAGGUGCUCUAGCAGCUUUAACUGCUCUAGGUUUGGCAGGACCUCGAGCAGGAAGCAGUAUCACAAGAUGUUCAGGCAUCAGGGCGCUUUUGACCUCCUUGAUCACAGCUGGUAGGACUUCAGUAGAUUUUGUCGCAGCUUCUUUACGUGCAUUGGCGAGCGUGUGUUGUUCUGCUACGGCAAUAAACCAGUUUGUUAAAGACGGUGGUCCAGAGAUAUUGACAGACUUACUAGUCGUGGAUAAUACAUCUGAGAAAGAGAAAAUGGAAGCAACAGCAUUGCUUGUACAAAUCACCGCACCCUGGGUCAAUGGUUUAGGUCUACCGUAUGUGGAACCUUUUGCAAAGGAUUUAAUACUGCCCUUAAAUCGUCUAGUCGAGAACACCAACUGUGGUCAGACUUUAUUGCUAGUCGCAGCCGCGUUCCAUCACCUGUCCAAAUCUAGAAAAUGCGCAUUUGUGAUACUGGAACACGACACGGUUAAGAAGUUGCUCAAAACUGUGAAAAGGUCAGCUGGCAGGAAUGUUUGGUUAAUGGAGCAGGUAGCAGCUCUUAUCAGUGAACUAGCACGUAUACCUGAAGCUCGAACGCAUCUGGCGGAAGUUCGUGCCUCUAUCGCGCUAGUUUCUUUUCUUAGAAUGCGACCUCCUGGCUUAGAAAAGGCAUAUAGACGUUUAGAAAUUACUGCUGCAGCAGCACUUACGAGACUCUGUGUAGAUCCAGAGAUUGCAAGACAAGUGGUUGCUGUCGGAGGCGCAGAUUGUCUCCCGUCGUAUAAAGCUGAAGAUCUUUUGACCGAGGAUGAAGAUCAAAUUGAAGCCGGAUUGUUAAGAUACACAAAAUCCUUAAGAAGAGCGUGUAAAAAAGCCGCAAAACAAAUCGAUAUCGCGAGGGCCAGUGAUUAUAGUACUUUGAGUUAAAAUCAAUAUGAAAGUUGUACAUAUGUCGAAUACAUUUUAUAAGAAAAAGAGAGUUUAUGUUUAUAUACUUGUAUAAUAAAGACACUAUAUAUAUGUAAUGUAUAUUUUUAUUACAUUUGUAUAAAAAUAUAUUAUAUAUUGUAUCAUAUUCUAAGAAUCUUAAUUUAGAUAUAAGUAAAAUUACAAAAAAUACUGAUAAAAAUAGUAUAUUCUUUUCUAAUGACAAGCUACUUAUAAUAGAAUUUAUAAUCCUAAAGUAGAAGAAAUCAAGUUUUGUAAAAAUAAUGUAAUUUGAAUUGACCUGAUGAAUAAAUAAAACCAAUUUGUUUGUUA